UGUGACCAUCAGGAAACGACCGGACUGGUAUAUCAGUGGUUGUAGAAAAUACAAGCGAGCAAUUAAUUGUUAAACUGCAAAGGAAGUAACAAUUCACCAGUCUAACCCAACAACACACAUUGAUCGGGUCUCUGUGCCCUUCUCAUCCCGGAUGUUCCCAGGUAUAUUUGUACUCGGUCCAUCGCGCUGUCAUGUGAAUCCGCUUGGGUCUGAGCAGUGGUAAUGAAGGAACUACGCGGAUGCCCACGGAGAGCGCUCGUCAAGUAAGCGCUGUUUCUUCCUCCACAGACGCCGUCUGGUCUGAUUUCUUGCAUGUGGUGUAGUCGUUUUAAAUCUCCAAAAGCGACAGUACUUUAAUCUGGUGCGAAACCUCAACUGGACGCAACUCUCCGGAUUCCAGGUUUAAUCGGCACUCGAAUUCUUUACUCAGACCCUGCAGAGUCAGGUUUAAUAGCGCCGGCACACGUAGUGAAAUCUGGCUGUUUUACGCAGCAGACAGCGGUUGUCCAUUGUGCCCAUCGGAAACCUGUGUGGGAGAGCUUUUAAAGUGGAAAAGCUGUCACGCUGGGGCAGUUCCGCUCUCGCAACCCCAGAAAUCCGGGUUCAGUGGCACGAACGAGCGUUACAAACUGGGGUCUGCCUUGGUCGCAGUGGAUGACCAGGAAGUCUUCUGCGCCUUCACGAAGUGUAGCAGAACCACCUUCCUGGCCCUUGGAUCUCACGGGCCCAGUACGCCGGAGGCAUGUUCCUAUCUCUGUCGGCUACCCUCACCUGGUUCAACCCUCUUGUCGGAGCGGUUUACUGGGGUUGGAGGUGAGAGCUGAGUGUCCGGUGGGGACCAAAGGCGAGCGAGCUGUCCUGGAAUGGGCAUAAACCUUUAACUGGAGUUGCUACACUUCCUUGGACAACACAUACAUGCGAUACAAAAAAAACUAUAAGUUACAACAAAAAUGUAUGUACAGUAUAUAUUAAAAAUAAAUUAAAUACAUGGUGCAAAAAGGGAGUCAACAUAUAUGGUAGCGAGGUAAUGUUAACGGGUUGGUUCAUUGUCCGUUCGGGAAUCUGAUAGAAGAGGGGAAGAAGCUAUUCCUAAAAAGUUGAGUGUGUGUCUUCAGUCUCCUGUACCUCCUCUCUGACGACAGUAAUGAGGUGCAAUACAAAUCUUGCCCCCUGCACUGAAGAACAGAAUCGGGUAACCCUCGGGACCGAGGCGUAAUUUUCUGUUUCGCUUUCGAUUUUCUAUCAGAAAUGUUAAAUGUCCGAUUUCUGAGAUAAACGUGUAUAUAAACUGAUAUGGUACGGAAUUUCAUAUUGAAAUCGGUGGGCUUGAAGUAGAGCGCCGUAUAGAUGUUGCAAACCCUGAACUCCGGAGGGUAAGAACGGAGUCAGAUGGUGUGGCUCUCGGGGAACAUUUGCUGCGUUGUAAUAGUGAGGUCGGGCUGGGAAUGGGUUGGUCGAGAUGGGUCACUCCUGGAAGCGGGGCGGAGACUGGUCACCAGAGAAUCCGAUAUGCACCCACACGCAAGGUAAACUCCAGACAGCACAAUUGUUGGAGAGGGAAUCUCCGCAUUAAGAAUGACAUUUCUUCUUAUCUCAUUCAUCCUUCUCAUCACCAUUGCCGACCCCUGUAUAAAGGCAAUUGAGGUCUGAGCCCGGCCUCUCAGUCUCCAAGAUGUAGUGUGGUGGUCACUCACUGCUGGUUCCUUCUUCCAGUCAAUAAAAGCCGAUACCUCGCCUUUACGUCUCAGAGUUGCAAUGUAAUUCACACAGAAGAUCAAACCACAUUCUGUCCUGCUGGAUACUUUCCAUGUGGCAAUUUCAGUGUGUGUCUGCCGCAAACUCUUCAGUGCAAUGGGAUCAAAGAGUGUGGAAAUGGAGCAGACGAAGACCACUGUGAAGACUUGAACGGCUGGCCCCACAUUAUGGACUGGUACAUGACGCAAAUUAUUAUUGAUGUCAAUAAUCUGAUCAAUUGCUCACUUGAGAUGUAUCCGGAAGGGUGCAUAUGUAAAGGCUGGGCAGUCAGUUGUGAAGUUGCAGGCCUUCUCACUGUUCCAUGGGUCUCGUCCAAUGUGCUUGUACUAGAUCUAAAUUAUAACAACUUCACAACUCUCACAGAUGAAAUGUUCAUCAGAUAUCAAGAACUGGAUGUACUGAUGUUGCAAUUUAAUUCAAUUAGUUCCAUAUCCAGCAAAGCCUUUUCAGGACUUUCCAAACUGAGAAAACUAUUUCUGAGUUUCAAUCGCAUUACUGACCUGGAGCCUGGAGUAUUCCAAGACCUCUAUCGACUUGAGUGGCUGGUCUUGGACAAUAACAUGUUGCGAAGUGUCACUGUGAAGUCUUUUGUCGGCCUGACAUCUCUCGUUUUCCUACAUAUGUUAAAUAAUUCAUUGGAUCGUAUUCCCAAAAUUUGUGCAGUGCUCCCAAGCCUGAAUUGGUUGGAUCUGGAAGGAAAUUACAUUACCUCGAUUGACAAAGCAACACUUCAAAAAUGCCUCAACGUAACAGUUCUGAUUCUCCACAACAAUGAAAUCAGACAUGUGAAUGAAGAUCUGUUUACAGAAUCUACAAGAAUGAAAAAUCUUGACCUGUCUUCAAAUCUGAUUAAAGAGUUGCCGCGUUCAGCAUUCAGAGGCCUUAAAAACCUGAAACAGAUGAACUUAUCAAAUAAUCCUAUAAACUAUUUUCAUGUGGAUCAGUUUGAUGACCUUAUAUCUCUCAGGUCACUAAUACUGGAUGGUAUCAACAUUUUGAAUAUUGAGACCCGAAUGUUUGUGAACUUGAAGGAGCUCUCAUACAUAUACUUUAAGAAGUUUGAAUAUUGCAAAUAUUGUCCACACGUACGGAGCUGCAAACCAAACACAGAUGGAAUCUCAUCCUUUGAAAACCUGUUAGCCAGCACCGUUCUACGAAUCUUUGUGUGGUUUGUGGCAUUCAUGAUUUGCCUUGGGAAUCUCUUUGUUAUCUGCAUGAGGUCGUUCAUUAAAACAGAAAACAGAGUACACGCCCUUUCUAUUAAGUCACUCUGCUGUGCUGAUUGUCUGAUGGGAGUCUACCUCUUCCUCAUCGGUGCUUUUGACAUUAAGUACCAUGGGGAAUAUAACAGGCAUGCCCAAAAAUGGAUGGAAAGCACAAAUUGUCAGCUCAUCGGCGCGCUGGCCUUGCUUUCCACCGAGGUCUCUGUCAUGCUACUGACGUACAUGACUCUGGAGAAAUACAUAUGCAUAGUCUUCCCAUUCAACAAUUACAGCCCAGGCAAGCGACAGACUUUAUCCAUGUUGAUAUUCAUCUGGAUUACGGGAUUCAUCCUGGCAGUAAUACCCCUGUGGAACAUAUCCUUCUUUGGCAAUUACUAUGGAAAGAAUGGAGUAUGCUUCCCUCUUUAUCCUGAUCAAUUUGAGAGUCUUGGAGCAAGAGGGUAUUCUACUGGGAUAUUUCUGGGCUUGAACUUGCUUGCUUUCAUCAUCAUAGUCUUCUCCUACACCAGCAUGUUUUAUUCAAUCCAUAAAACGGGAGCACAGUCAGCAGAGAGGAGCCCAUUUUCCAGAGAGGUGGCGAUUGCAAAACGCUUUUUCUUCAUCGUGUUCACUAAUUUCCUGUGCUGGAUCCCCAUAUUUAUAUUGAAGCUACUAUCUCUGCUCAGAGUUGAAAUAGCAGGAACUAAUUGUGAUCUGUUGGUGCGACAUGAAACAAAAGAAAAGGAUUCAAGAAUUAUAAGAAUAAAGAAUUAUUUCCCAGGUAAUGUAACAUCCUGGAUUGUAAUCUUCAUCCUGCCAAUAAACAGUGCCCUGAAUCCAAUCCUCUACACAAUUACAACUGCGUCCUUUCAGGAAAAGCUAAAGCAGUGUUUGCAGAGCCAGGAUUUUCUUGGGCCAACAAAGAGCCUCACAAGCAGCACACAAUCGAGCAACGUAUAAUUCUGACAGCGACACUCAAAGGAGAGCAACUACCUUACUUCCCUAGAUGAGUGGUUCCUGACAAAGUCAACAGAGUCAUAGAAGAGUACAGCACAAAAACAGGUCCUUCAGCCCAUUUAGUCCAUGCCGAACCUUUUAAAUUGGCUACUUCCAUCAAUCUGCCCUCCAUACCCUUAUCUAAACUUCCCUUAAACAUUGAAAUCAAGCUUGCAUGCACCACUUGCAUUAGCAGCUCGUUCCAUAAUCUGAAGACCCUCUGAGUGAAGAAGUUUCCCCUCAUGUUCCCCUUAAACUUUUUAGCUUUCACCCUUAAGCCAUGACCUCCAGUUGUUGUCCCACCCAACCUCAGUAGAAAAAGCCUGCUUGUAUUUACCCUAUUUAUAUCCCUCAUAAUUUUGUAUACUUCUAUCAAAUCUUCCCUCUAUCUUCUAUGUUCCAAGGAAUAAAGUGCUUACCUAUUUAAUCUUUCCAUAUAACUCAGAUCCUCCAGUCCUGACAGUAUCCUUGUAAAUUUUCUUUGUACUCUUUCAACCUUACUUACUUCUGUCCUGUAGGUAGAUGACCAAAACUGCAGACAAUGCUCCAAAUUAGGCCUCACCAAUGUCUUAUAGAACCUUAACAUAACAUCUCAUCUCGUGUACUCAAUACUUUGGCUUCACUUACAAGUCCCGUGAUGCCACUUUCAAUGAGUUAUGUACCUAUGUUCCCAGAUCCCUUUGCUCUGCAGCACUCCUCACUGUGUAAGACCGACCUGGUUGGUCCUACUGAAGCACAACAUCUCAGAUUUGUCUGCAUUAAUUUCCAUCUGCCAUUUUUCAACCUAUUUUUCCAUCUGGUCCAGUUCUCACCGCAAGCUCUGAUAGUCUUCCUCACUGUCCACUACACCCACAAUCUUGGUGUCAUCUGCAAAUCUGCUGAUCCAGUUAGCCACACUAUUAUCCAGAUCAGUGAUAUAGAUGACAAGCAACACCAGACCCAGUACCGAUCCCUGGGGCACUCCACUAGUCACAGGCCUUCAGUCAGAGAGGAAACCAUCUAUUACCACUCUCUGGCUUCUCCCACAAAGCCAAUACCUAAUCCAGUUUACUACCUUAUCUUAAAUGCCAUGCGACUGAACCUUCUUGAUAAACUUCCCAUGUGGGACGUUGACAAAUGUCCUGCUAAGGUUCACGUAGACAACAUCUACUGCCUUAUCUUCAUCCAUUUUCCUGGCAACUUCCAUGAAAAACUGAUGUUUAAUUAAACAUGACCUACCACGCAUGAAGCCAUGCUGACUAUCCUUAAUCAGUCCACGUCUAUCCAAAUACUCACAUAUCCCGUUCCUUAGAAUACCUUCCAAUAACGUUCCCACUACUGACAUCAGGCUCACUGGCCUAUAGUUUCCUGAUUUAAUUUUAGAGUCUUUCUUAAACAGUGAAACACCAUUAGCUAUCCUCCAAUCCUUUGGUACCUUAUCUGUUGCUAAGGAUGAUUUAAAUAUCUCUGCUAGGGCCUCCAUAAUUACAGCACUUGCCUCCCACAGGGUCAAAGGAACACCUUGUCAAGCCCUGGGGAUUUAUCCACUCUAAUAUGCCUUAAGACAGCAAACACCUCCUCCCUUGUAAUCUGUAUAGGGUCCAUGAAGUCGACACCGCUUUGCUUCAUUUCUAUCGAAUCUGUGUCCAUCUCUUGAGUAAACAGAGAUGCAAAACAUAUUUAAGAUCUCCCCAUCUCUUUUGGCUCCACACAUGAAUUACCAUUCUGAUCUUCCAGAGGACCGAUUUUGUCCCUUGCGAUCCUUUUGCAUUUAACACAUCUUAGGAUUCCCUUCACCUUGUCUGCUCAGGCAGCAUCAUGCCUUCUUUUAGCUCUCCUGAUUUCUGUCUACAAGCACCUCGUUUGUUCCAACCUGCCUAUACCAGGACCUCAAUAUCUCUUAAAAACCGAGGUUCCCUAAACCUGUUAUCUUUACCUUUUAUUCUGACAGGAAUAUACAAGAUUUGUACUCUCAAUAUUUCGCUUUUGAAAGCCUUCCACUUACCAAGUACACCUUUGUCAGAAAGCAGCCUGUCCCAAUCCACAUUGGCCAGGUCCUUUCUGAUACCAUCAGAAUUGGCCUUUCUCCAGUUUAAAAUCUCAAACCACAAACUCGACCUAUCUUUUUGCAUACUUACUAUGAAACUAAUGGUAUUGUGAUCACUGGAUGCAAGGCGUUCCCCUACACAAACUUCUGUCACCUGCCCUGUCUCAUUCCCUAAAUGGAGAUCAAAUAUCACAAACUCUCUCAUUGGGGCUUCUACGUACUGAUUAGGAAACUUUCCUGAACAGAUUUGAUAAAGUCAAUCCCAUCCAGUUCUUUUGCUGUAUGGGAGUCCCAAUCAAUAUGCGAUAAAUUAAAAUCAACUAGUAUAACAACUUUGUGUCUGUGAUCUCUACAAAUUUGUUCCUCUAAAUCCCGCAAACUAUUGGGUGGUCUGUAAUAUAGCCCCAUUAACAUGGUCAUACCUUUCUUAUUCCUCAGUUCCACUCAUCUAGGAGUUCUUCAGUCUAUCCUGACUGAGCAUUUUCUCUAAUAACACCACCCCUCCCUCUUUAAUCCCUCCACACUGUCAUGUCUAAAACAACGGAACCCCAGAAUAUUCAGCUGCCAGUCCUGCCCCUCCUGCUAUAAUAUCAUAAUCCUAUGUGUUGAUUCCCAUCUGCCUUUCCUACGACAUUUCUUGCAUUGAAGUAUACGCAGCUCAGGACACGAUAAACCUUUUGAUUCCUGACGUUGUCUGAGGUCUUACCAACAUCUGGCUCCACCAUCUAUCUGCUAACUGUUCUGGCACUCUGAUUCCCAUGCCCCUGCAACACUAGUUUAACCCCCACCCCCCAUGCAGCAGUAGCAAACCUUCCUGCUAGGAUAUUAGUCCCCUUCCUGUUCAGGUGCAAACCAUCUCUUCUGUACAGGCCCCACCUUCCCUGGAAGAAAGCACAAUGAUCCAAAAGUCUAAUGCCCUCACUGCUACACCAACUACUUAGCCAUGUAAUAAAAUGUAAAAUCUUCCCAUUUCCAGCCUCACCAGCAUGUGGCACGGGUAAAUCCACAACCCUGGAGGUCCUGCCCUUUAACUUAGCACCCAACUCCCUGAACUCACUUUGCAGAACCACAUCACAUGGACCACAACCUCUGGCUUAAGAAUGCCUCCCACUUAAGAAUGCUGAGGACUCCAGGCACUAAGGAGGAACAUAUCAUCUGGGAAUCUCGUUCUUGUCCACAGAACCUCCUUCCUGUUCCCCUAACUGAUGAAUUCCUAUCACUACAGCUCACCUGUUCUCCCCAUUUCCUUUCUGAGUCACAGAGCUAGACUCAGUGCCAGGGCCUGACCGCUGUGACUUUCCCCUGUUAGGUCAGUCCACCUCCCCCCACCAGUAUCCAAAGUGAUAUACCUGUUGUUGAUGGCCAAAGGUGUACUUUGCACUGGCUGUUGAACCCCUUUGCCCUUCCUGACUGUCACCCAGUUUCCUGUGUCUUGCGCCUCUCCAUGUAUCCACUCUAUCACCCCCUCAGCCUCCUGAAUGAUCCGGAGUUCAUCCAGUUCCAGCUCCAACCCCUUAAUGUGGUUUGUUAGAAGCUGCAACUGGAUGCACCUUUUGCACAUGUAGUCAUCAAGGACACUGGAGGUCUCCCUGACCUCCCACGUCCCACAAGAGGAGCAUUCAACUAUAACACUGUAAUGUCAUUAUAAACUAUAACACUGUAAUGUCAUUAUAACAUUGAAUGAGUAUUACUGUCACACCUCUCAACAGGAGCAUCACUGUGUUAUAGAGUCACAUCUGACAACAUUACUUGUGAGAGCAUUAGCACCACAUUCCUUCGCAAAAUGUGGGAUAUACACUCAGUGUCCACUUUCUAAGGUACACCUGUACACCUGCUCAUUAACGUAAAUACCUAAUCAGCCCAUCAUGUGGCAGCAACUUAAUGAAUAAAAGUAUGGUCAAGAGACCCAGUUGUUGUUCAAACCAGACAUCAGAAUGAGGAAGAAAUGUGAUGCAAGUGACUUUGACUAUGGAAUGAUUGUUGGUGCCAGACAGGAUGGUUUGAGUAUCUCAGAAACUGCUGAUUUUCAAGCACAACAGUCUCCAGUGUUAACAGAGACCACAACCUAAAAACAUCCAAUGAACGGCAGUUGUGUGGGUGAAAAUGCUUCGUUAAUGAGAGAAGUCAUAGGACAAUGGCCAGACUGUUUCAAACUGACAGGAAGGCAACAGUGACUCAAAUAACCACACGUUUCAACAGUACUGUGCAGAAGAGCAUCUCUGAACACACAGCAUGUCGAUCCUUGAAGUGGAUAGGCUACAGCAGCAGAAGACCACACUGGAUUGCAUUCCUGUACUUAGUAAAGUGACUGAUGACAAACAAUCAUUGCGUUACACAGAUAUUUCUGUUAACUCUUCUCCUAAUAAUUGCACUCCUUGUAAGUUAGUGGACAUCUGUUGAAGGAGAUCUACUAGCAUAUUGCCUAACAAGUUAUGAUGUAAAUAGCACCAAUUUAAAGUGCAUUGAGUGAAUGAGGAACAACACUUUAUAUACCGGCUGGGUAGCCUCUAACCUGAUGGCAUGAACAUUGACUUCUCUAACUUCCGUUAAUGCCCCUCCUCCACUUCUUACCCCAUCCCUGACAUAUUUAGUUGUUUGCCUGUUCUCCAUCUUCCUCUGGUACUUCCCCCCUCCUUUCUUUCUCCUGAGGCCUCCCGUCCCAUGAUCCUUUCCCUUCUCCAGC